CUCCAUGGCAUGUUUCUCUACUUCCAAAAACAAGGCAUCAACCCCAUCCAAGAAGUUCGUCUUUGUGCCCGAUCGCUUCAUCGCCUGUGCCUCCAGGAUAUCGAAAAAGAUCGUCCGCUACGCGAGAAAAUGCUGUUCAUGAUCUCCGAGUGGAUGACCUUUGGAACCACGGUCAAAUUCUUCUUGCAUCGCCUUGGUGUUGACGUUGACCGAGAUUGCUUCCAGAACUUUGUUGAGAAAGAUUUGGUACGUGCGAUCAAAGGGCUCCAG